GUUUCGCCCAAGGUGUCAAUUGUUGGCGAUCGAAUCAACAACACUUGCUGUGCGUAAUUUUCUGCCUCUGCAAACAUAUUUUUACAGUGUAAAAAAGAGAGGUUUUAUUGCAAUUUAGUUUAUAACAAUUAUUGAGGAAGUGUGUCUAGAAAAGGCGUACGAAUUCAUACAGCCCUUAUAGUGUGAGACGUUUUUGUGGCCCUUCCCCACCCCUGUGCGUGAAACGAUGGACGAAAGCGGCUCGAAAGGCGGCGGCGGUGAUAAGGAGACUGACGAGAAGAGUCCACCGAAGAAGGCGAAAACCGUCCAUCAUCCGCAACCCUCAACAUCGUCGUCGUCAUCAUCAUCGCUGUCCGGCAGGGCAGCUUCUUCGUCCAAUAUGGCGUCCACUUCCAGCGCCACAGCCACAGAAAGCAAAAGUGCUUCAGCAAGUGCACCGGAAGACCGGCAAAGUGAGUCCACCGCCAACGAUCCACCACCGGCGCAACGAAACCGGCACCCGGCGAGUGCUGCUCCUGCUGCCGCUGCUAAUGUCCGGAGCCGUACCCCUUCCCGGGAUCGCAAUGCCGCCGAAAGGAACGCCUCGUCCUCGAGCGAUGAGGACGCAGCGGUCGACGAUGCCUACUUUCAUCAUCUGGAGCAGUCGGUGCGCCGGUUGGUGCAUCGCAACGUGCGCAAUCUAGGUAGCCUGCGCUCCCGGCAACGUAACGAUGGCGACGAGGGGGGAGACGGUGCAGCGAAUGCGGCGGCCGACGAUAAUGAAGCGGGCUCGGGCAGCGAUGGCGGUGAUCACCGGGACGCAAUUCGUAUUCGGAAUCAGCUGGCCGAUAAUAUUGCGGAACUGCUGGCGCCUGGCUUUUUACCCAACGAGUUAGAUUACGAAACGCCCUCGGAGGUGGACAGUGCCGAGGCGGACCUGUACGACGACGAGGAUAACAACUGGCCGGCGGGUGGGUUGCAGCGCAGGCGGCGAUUGUUUGGGAUGGAGGAGGUAAACCAUCUGUCCUCCGACUCUUCCCACUCAAGCCUUUCGUCCGCUUCCACCGCAUCGUCCAGCUCGGACGGUUCCGAAUCGUACAUACAGUCCAGUGAAUCGGAUUUCGUUUCGAUCCAAGAACCGUCCGAUCAGUGUGACGAGAAUGUGCAUAAUCUAGAAUGUCUGCAGACGAGCUCCGUGAAGUGCAAAUGGAACAUAGUGCGCGAGAUAAGCCAGCGGCAGCACGGUAUAGCGUUCCAUCGGCCACCCGCCACCGUCGGACGGUACAAUCCGAUCCAGUUCCAGACGCGCGCCUACGGUUCGGUGCACCUCAUCCAGCGGCUAGGGCUGCUGCACAAGCUGGCCCACCAUACCGGGUGCGUCAACUCGCUCAACUUCCACCCGUCCGGCAAGCUGCUGGCGAGCGGGUCGGACGAUCUGCGCAUCAACCUGUGGCACUGGGAGUCGAAGAAGCUGCUCAAAUCGAUCCGCAGCGGCCACAAGAACAACGUCUUCCAGACCAAGUUCAUGACGUGCGACGGGUACGGGAGCGAGAUCGAGAUCAUCUCGACCGGGCGCGACGGGCACGUGCGCCACACGACGGUGAAAUCGUGCGGGCAGGCGGUCACCAAGGUGAUCUUCCGGUCGCAGCACCCAAUCCACAAGGUGGCCAUACCGGCCCGGAACGAUCUGACCUUCCUGAUGGCGGGCGAGGACGAGAAGGUGCGCCUGUGCGAUAUGCGCCAGGCGAAGAUGCAAACGGUGGUCGACGUCGGGUUGCGGCUGUACAGCAUCGCCACCCAUCCAUACGAUACGGAGUUUUGCGUGUCCGGCAGUGGCAGCGCGGUGCGCGUGUACGAUCUACGGCGGGCGCAGAAACCGCUCCGGAUGCUGUUUGUCGGCGAGCAGGGCGAAGGGCUACGAAGCUAUUCCAGCAUCACGUGCGCAGUAUACAACCACGACGGGACGGAGAUUCUUGCCAGCUACAGUGACGAUGAUAUCUAUCUGUUUAAACUGGCCGAAGCGCAGGCGGAAAUGGUGAUUCCGACCGAACGAUUCAGGGGCCACUGCAACGUGCAAACCAUCAAGGGCGUCAGCUUCUUCGGACCGCGCUCGGAGUUCGUGGUGAGUGGCAGCGACUGUGGGUACGUGUACAUCUGGGAGAAGAGCAGCCGGCGGAUCGUCAACUGGCUGCGCAGCAAUCCGGGCGAGGUGGUCAACUGUCUCGAGCCGCAUCCGGCCUUCCCGAUACUGGCCACCUCGGGCGUGGACAACGACAUCAAGGUGUGGGUACCGAAGGGGCUGCGCGACGAGCAGACUGCGCCCGUCUUCGAGUGGAACGAUCUGAAGCGAUACGUGCGGCGCAACGUGCACAGCCGCACGCAGCACCGGAACGACUUUUCGAUCCGCUCGGCCUCGAACCUGUCCCGCAUCUUUCCGGCGUUUGCGUACGGUCCGCGCGCGUCCCUCUUCGAUACGCUCGAUGACGACGAUGAACCGGUCCGGCCGCGGUUAGACUGUAAUCCUUCGUAAGGCACAGACCGGCGGCGUCGUUAUUAUGGCGAAGGGGUGGGAAUGACUUUUGCCGGGCAUUUUGCCACAAUGCAGUAGUGACAAGCGAACAUUCGGCGUGGAAAAACUAUGUGAGAGGAAAGCAAUUGUGCGAGAGCCCCAGGGGAGGGAAGAAAUUAUCCUUUUGUUCUGAAUUUACACGCAAAACCGUGCGUAACACCGUUGCGGUGAUUACGGGGCCCGGAACUAUUAAAGUUAUAUGUAUUUAAUAA